ACAUAUUCUAGAGAGAGAAACUGGUCUUCAACAUUGUUUUAGAGAGAGAUGGAUAAAAGCAGCUCAGACUCAACCACCAUUAAUGGUGGCGGCGGCGUAAAUAGAGAUAAUCAGUUCCUUAAACAUCUCAACAAGGUUUCUCAUCACAAGAUCUCCAAACCCGCUCGAAGACCCGCUUUCGACCCGCCUCCACCGCAACCGCAACCGCCUCUUCAAGCACCUCCUCAGCAAAAUCAGCCGCCUGUAUACAACAUAAAUAAGAGCGAUUUCCGUGACGUUGUUCAGAAAUUAACCGGGUCACCCGCCCACGAACGAUUAUCGGGUACUCCUCCCUGCCCGAUUCAACCACCUAAACAACCCAACUCCCGUCUUCAACGGAUCCGGCCGCCGCCCCUCGUACAAAUCAAUAACCUCGUAUUUCCGCCGCCGGUAUACCCAACUAAUUUAAGACCGCCGCCGGUACCCUUUUCGCCUCUGCCGCCGUUACCGCCGGUAUACACGUCGGUGCCGGAAUUUCCUUUCUCCAACUACAUGCAUUUCCUCCAUGGACAAGUCUCUGGUUUAGACUAUGAUCUGGCACAAAACGAGGCGAUUGCUCCGCCACCGCCGCCGCAUAACAUGGUAUCUGGUCCUAUAACGUCGUCGGCGCCGGUGAGUUUCCGACCAUCUUCUCCGUUGCCUUUUGGGUGCCUAUCACCUAGGUCAGCAGCAUAGCGUAUCCCCAAUUCUUUUUUGUUGUCAGGUUAAGGCCUUGUUUGAUUUAGAUACAGUUUAUUAUUAUUAUUAUAAUGUAAGAAGUAACUAUUAUUAUUAAUAUAUUAUAUAUAUAUAGGAGUGAAUUCUAAGAUGAUUGUAGAGAAAUUUGUUUCAUAGAUUACUGAUAUUUGAUUUGAUAAUCCUUUGGUAUAUCUUAAAUAUUUUAUUUAUUA